CUUAUUAGAAUCUGCCCUUGCUACCAUUGUAAUAAGCUCUGGCAGAGUACUAAGAAAACAAAUAUCCGACAAAACGCUCUUGAAACCAAAUUCUGUUCGUUUCUUCAAUUUUAAAGCGAAACUGCUGUACUGCCAUAGAUCUGACAGAAGAAAGCUGUGGUAGGAAGUAGACAAAAAAUACCAGGGUAUCACCAUGUCUCGGCUCGUUCCAAGAGCAGGAGACGCAGUCUUUGCUAAUGUUGAGCGAGUGAACGCAGAGCUGUUCACCCUUACCUACGGUGCCAUUGUGCGCCAGUUGCUUACUGAUUUCGAAGAGGUUGAAGAAGUAAACAAACAGCUCGAUCAAAUGGGUUAUAACAUUGGAAUCCGUCUUAUUGAUGAAUUCUUAGCAAAAGCAAAUGUUGCAAGAUGUGUGGACUUCAAAGAAACAACAGAUGUUAUUGCAAAGGUAGGUUUCAAAAUGUUCCUUGGUGUUACAGCAACUGUGGCUAACUGGGAUGCAGAUGGUACUGAAUGCAGCCUUAUCCUUGAGGAUAAUCCUCUUGUUGACUUUGUUGAGUUACCUGAGACAUGCCAUGGCCUUUAUUACUGCAAUGUUUUAUGUGGAGUUAUUCGAGGAGCGCUUGAAAUGGUAUCUAUGAAGACUGAAGUCAGGUGGGUUAGGGAUGUGCUAAGGGGAGACGAUGCUUACGAGUUGAAGUUGAAACUUCUAGAACAAGUUCCUGAAGAAUAUCCGUACAAAGAUGAGGAAUAAACAGCCAGUUGGUCUCUCCGUACCAGUUAUAAAUUUUUGUUUUUGAAGCAAUUUCUGUCCCGAUGAAUCCGAGAGUAUGCUUCAGUAUAUUAUUUCCAGAAUAUUAUUUCUGUGUUAUUUUAUGAACCACGCCCUCCAUUAUUGCUAAAGCAGUAUUUUUUCAAAUUAUUUUUCUUUAAUGUGGAACUCAAUACAUGGCCCUUGCAAUGUACAAAAUAAAGGUAUUCUUCUGACUCUUCACUUAAUAUAAAAUUAUGUAGAGCCUUACUUCUUAA